AAUAAUUAAAAUGCAUAUUUUCUUACAUUGACAGAAUCAGAAGAUGCGGAAGAGGAAGAAAUCUUGGAUGAAGAGUCUGAGCUGAUGGCUAAGAUGGGUUUGCCUGUAGCAUUUGCCAGCUCUUCUGAACAGAAGGUUCAGAAAAAAAGAAGGCCAAACAGAAAGCCCAUCACACGAACAGAAGAACUGCCUAGAGAGGGACAUCAGAAUGAAGUGCACCAAGUAAUGGAUGUUGCAGAGGAGAUCCAUGACACUUCCUGGGAAAACUACUGGGUUCAGAAUGGACAGAACCUGCUGUGGAACUCCUGGCUGGAAAAGCAUCCAGACACCAGUGCUCCAUCUGGAGACCGUCUUGGAGCCGUCACUGCUCCCUGGAAUAAUCCAGACACAAAAGCUCUCUGGGACCAACUGGCUGCAGAGACUUACUACUUGUAUUGGGAGCGAUUUUCAUAUUGGACAUCACUGGGCUGGACUACUGAGCCUCAAAUGUGUAACUCGAACACUAGUGAUGAAGUGGAGAGUGACACUCUGAUACAGUCAGAAGAACAAAGUGAAGGGGAAACUGGAGCUGGGAGCCGAGAGGAAGAAAAUAAAGUUGAUAUUAUGAGUAAUCUGCUCAGAGAAAACUGCAUAAUAGAGCAAAGCAGGAGCUGUGCAGCUGACUUGGAGACCAACAGAUUCCUGUUUUUUAGAGCUGAUGUUGGAAUGCAGUCAGAUGAGUGUUACUGUGGGGAACCUUCAGAUGCUGGGGAUGAUCAGAAGGAACCCCCUGGGAGCUCUCAGGACAGCUCGGCUAAACAAACAGAUUCGAAGCCAGUCGCUGUCCUACCUCAGAGAGUCUGUGGCUCAAACAGUAAAACUUCAAAGAGAACAGGUGAUGAAGAGGGUGAUGAUGACAAGCACCCAAGAAGAUUUAUGAAAACCAAAUGCAGUCAUGAGUUGGAUGUGGAGGAGUGUCCACAGCUUACACUGAAGGAGGUUUGGUCCAAACUAGGACUCAAGCACAAACUCCAGCCCCAGUUGGGAAUUGUCAUAAACUAUAAACAUUUCAAUGGUCCAAGGCCUAAAAAGACUAAUGAGGUAGUUGGAAACAUCAACAAACACACCAGAUUCUCUGAGAUGGAUGGAGAUGACUCGAAUCAAAUUAACCCUGCCCUCUACAAGGUUCAAAAUUUUCUUCAAAACUUGCCAAGGGAAGCUCAGAUGACGGAUGUAAAAGAGGAAAAGAGAAAUAAGGGAAUUAAGAAGAAAAAUGAUGAGCCUGUAGAAGAAGAAAGAUGCAAUUGUGAAUCCACUUCAGAAACAAAAAUGAUGGAGGACAAUGAAUGUUCCUCUUACUCCAACUUCACUGAAAGAUCUGUGGAAGAGCCAAGGGAUGUGGAGAAUCCUGGGAGAUCACUAACAUUUCAAGAGAAGCUGGACCUUGUUCCAUCACACACACUUGAAGGUAUCAAUUUUCUUUCAUUUAUUGAAUAUGUUUGGGUUUCUAUUCUCAAUGUACUGUAACACACUGUUCACAAU